AUGCCCUGCUUUACCGCCUGGAUACGCGAAGAGAUCGUGGAGAUCCCCAAGGGAUGGACAUCCUCAGACUUUCCCAUCUCUGACAGGCGCCCCCAAUGGUCCUUCCAGAUCUACGACACAACGCCACGUUCAGACGAUCCGGACCACCUUAGGACCCUAGCCGAGACGCUGCACAGGGAAACGCGGGAAGAGCGCGAGACACAAGGCCACGAGCAGCCUGAUCGCAUCGAUGUAUGGGGCAUGCCGCUCGCAGCCAAUGCGUCGGACGAGGAGAGAAUCACGAGGUGCAAGACUCACCUUCUAGCUGAAGUUGCCUCGCGAAACACCGCGGAAAGUGAUGAGUUCCAUAUCUCGCGGCUCAGUGCUAAUGAGCAGUGGCAAUGGGCCAUUCUUAUCAUCGACCGGCCCCGAGAACUCUGGAACGAAGGCGAGGGCGGCUUCCUCGCUGUGUACUGGGAUAUGCAUCCUAAUUAUCUUGAACUACUUAAACGGGAGUAUGGCGAGGACAAACAAGAGCCCCAGACAAGCGCUUUCCGGUAUACUCGUGCUGAACUGGGAAAGGUGUUGGCGAAUUUAAAGGGUGCUUUCUGA